AUGCGGGGAGCAGACCCGAACAAGUGCCGUCGACUUCUUUUUCACAUCGGCACUCCACAUCCAACUUCAUUGCCGGUCCUGUUAAACAUUCGACCUAUUGUUUGCUUGAAAGGCUACCAUGUUCUCCAAAUUCUCCUUCUUCCAUUUGCAAUCUGUGGGCCUCGCAUACCUGUACAAUCCACCUUGACCAUGGCUUCCAACCUGCACAGAGACCCUCCUUUCAGAGCAGAGCACCUAGGCUCUCUUCUACGGCCUGAUAAUCUCCUUCAGACACGCGCAGACUUGGACAAUGGCAAGACUCAGCAGGAGCAGUUGACGAAUAUCGAAGACACGUCCGUGAAGGACGUUGUUGAUACCCAGGUCAAGUUGGGCUUCCAUCCCAUCUCAGAUGGCGAAUAUAGACGCCAUAUGUUCUGGGGCACCUUCUUCCCGGGCCUGGAAGGCUUCAAGGAGAUCAAGAACCCCGACGUCGACAUUUUCCGAAUGUACAUGCCCGACAUUGCAGCCUUCACAGAGUCGGGACACAAGCCAGGAGAAAGUGUCAUUUGCACUGGCAAGAUCAAGCACGUUGGAAGUACCUACGUCGAUCAAUGGGAUUAUUUGAAGAGCAUUGUGCCAAAAGAGCGAGUACACGAGUGUAAGAUCACUUUGGCGGCACCGGAAUGGUACCACAUGCGGUACAAGGAAGGAAGGGCGUACCCCAAAGACGUCUACCCAAGUGACAAGGAGUACUUUGCGGACAUUGCAAAGGCAUACCAAACCGAGCUACAGAUUCUCUACGACAAUGGCUUGAGGAACGUUCAAAUCGAUGACCCCAAUCUUGCCUACUUCUGCUCCGAAAAAAUGCUCGAAGGCUGGAAGAAAGACCCUUUAAACACCAAAACGACAGACCAAACCCUCGACGAGUACAUUGACUUCUACAAUGACUGCAUCUCCAAACGCCCCGCAGAUAUGCAUGUGGGAGUGCAUAUUUGUCGCGGUAACUUUGUCAACAGCCGUCACUUCUCGGAAGGCGGCUACGACCGCGUUGCAAAGAAGCUAUUUCAGGACAUGCACGUGAAUACAUACUAUCUCGAAUACGACACACCAAGAGCAGGGGGCUUUGAGCCGUUGAAGAGUCUGCCGAAGAACAAGAACGUGAUACUUGGUGUCAUCACUAGCAAAUUCCCGGAGAUGGAGGACAUGGAGGAGAUGAAGAAGAGAGUGUAUGAGGCUGCUGACUUCGUGGCGGAGGGCAACAAUCAGACUCGACAAGAAGCAUUGCAGAGAUUGGGUGUGAGCCCGCAGUGUGGGUUUGCCAGUCACUCGGCAGGGAAUUCAGUCAAGAAGCAUGACAUGGUCAAUAAGUUGACGCUGGUGAGAGAGCUGGCGGAUAGUAUCUGGCCUGGGGAGCCGUGA